GGAAAAAGAGAAAUCAGUUUGUGGAUAAGUUCAAAAUAUCAUUAUAUGAGUACAUUCCUUUAUCUUAUCCUGAUAAAAUAAAGAACAGCCUGAGAUGGACUAUGAAAAUGUACCUGAUACAUCAGCAAGAAAAAGAAAACUCUGCAGACUAGUUGUUCUGAGCUUUGGACUUCUGUUUAUUCUUCAAGUUAUUCUCAGCAUUUCCCUGCGACUGUCUCUUUACCAGGCCACUAAAAAUGAGACUAAAGAAGAAGAGUCACUGAGGAGGAAGCUGAAUAUUUUCGAUCUCAAUACACAACAAGGAUGGGUAUACUUCAGGGGCAGUUUUUAUUACAUUUCGUAUAUUAAAAAGUCCUGGAGUGACAGCAGAGAGGACUGUUUGCAAAGAGGUGCAGACCUGGUGAUUAUCAGCAGCACAGAGGAACAGAACUUCAUAAGGCUGUUCAGGCGUAACACGUGGAUCGGACUGAGUGACACAGAGGAAGAGGGGACGUGGAAGUGGGUGGAUGGGAGUUUGCUGAACAGCAGUUUCAGAUACUGGCGAACCGGUGAGCCCAACAGCCUUGUGAACGAAGACUGUGGCGUGAUGGCAGCAAAUGACGAAGAAAACUGCUGGAAUGACGCAAACUGCAGAGAUGAAAACUUUUGGAUCUGUGAAAAAAAGAUGGAACAGUGAUCAGUAGCAGGGAAAUUGUCCCAUCACAUACAGAUGUUAACACGUUUGUCUCAGCAGCUGGCUUGCUAUGUUGUGGAAAAUCCUUUGAAUUGAUAAUUUGUGAGUCUUUUAUAUCUGCUUUUAAAUUCCUUAGAGAGACCUCUAAAGGGAAGUCUGCAGAGCAUGUAGAUCAGCGGUCCCCAACCUUUUUUGCGCCACGGACCGGUUUAUGCCCGACAAUA